AUGUUAACUCCAACAACUUUACCAAAUACAAUUACUACACUCACAUUCGGUAAUGAUUUUAACCAAGUGGUUCCACCUGGUACAUUACCAAAUGGUCUCACAACACUCACAUUUGGUAAAAGUUUUAACAAAGUAGUUCUACCUGGCACAUUACCAAAUAGUCUCACAACACUCACAUUCGGUUUUUUUUAUAACCAAGUAGUUCUACCCGGCGCAUUACCAAAUAAUCUCACAACACUCACAUUGGGUGAAAGUUUUAAAAAAGUAAUUCCACCUGGCACAUUACCAAAUAGUCUCACAAUACUCACAUUCGGUUAUAGUUUUAACCAAGUAAUUCCACCUGGCACAUUACCAAAUAGUCUCACAAUACUCACAUUCGGUCGCAAUUUUAACCAAGUAGUUUCACCCAGUACUUUACCAAAUAAUCUCAAAACACUCACAUUCAGUUAUAAUUUUAACCAAGUAGUUAAACCCGGCACAUUACCAAAUAGUCUCACAACACUCACAUUCGGUAGUGAUUUUAACCAAGUAGUUCCACCCGGCACAGUACCAAAUAGUCUUACAACACUCACAUUCGGUCGUAGUUUUAACCAAGUAGUUUCACCCAGCACGUUACCAAAUAGUCUUACAACACUCACAUUCGGUAAUGAUUUUAACCAAGUAAUUCCACCUGGCUCAUUACCAAAUAGUCUUACAACACUCACAUUCGGUCGUAGUUUUAACCAAGUAAUUCCACCGGGAACAUUUCCGAAUAGUCUCACAACACUCACAUUCGGUUAUAGUUUUAACCAAGUAGUUCCACCCGGCACAUUACCAAAUAGUCUCACAACACUCACAUUCAGUUCUGAAUUUAACCAAGAAGUUCUACCUGGCUCAUUACCAAAUAGUCUUACAACACUCACAUUCGGUUAUGAUUUUAACCAAGUAGUUCAACCCGGCACAUUACCAAAUAGUCUCACAACACUCACAUUCAGUGAUGAAUUUAACCAAGUAGUUCCACCCGGCACAUUACCAAAUAGUCUCACAACACUCAUAUUCGGUCGUAGUUUUAACCAAGUAGUUUCACCCAGCACGUUACCAAAUAGUCUUACAACACUCACAUUCGGUAAUGAUUUUAACCAAGUAAUUCCACCUGGCUCAUUACCAAAUAGUCUUACAACACUCACAUUCGGUCGUAGUUUUAAACAAGUAGUUUCACCCAGCACGUUACCAAAUAGUCUCACAACACUCACAUUCGGUUGUGAAUUUAACCAAGUAGUUCCACCAGGCUCAUUACUAAAUAGUCUUACAACACUCACAUUCGGUGAUGGGUUUUAA